UUUAUUUAUCUUCCUCUUCCUCUUCCUCUUCCUCUUCCUCUUCCCUCCCUCCUAUUUGUACCCUAUCUUCCUCCUCCAACUUUCUCUCCCCCCAAAACCCUCAAGGACUCUCCCCCAGAAAACUGGCUUGGAAAAUAAAUAAAAAAGAAAGCUUUUUCUAGAGAGAGAGAGAGAAGAGAGAGAGAGAAAGAGAGAGAGAGAGGCAAAGGUAAAAGCAAAAGCAAAGCGCAUUUUAGGUUGUUGAUUCAUGGGAGCUCGGUGCUCUAAGUUCUCCCUCUGCUUCUUUCCUUGUCAGAUUAAAUUCAAAUCCAGUCUCAACGACUCUUCAGAUUCCGAGAAUGGGAGCAAGAACGAGGAGUCGUUGCCUGGAUUCCGCGAGUUCAGCUUGGAGCAGCUGAGAGCGGCGACGUCGGGGUUUUCGCCGGAGAACAUUGUGUCGGAGCACGGAGAGAAAGCUCCGAACGUCGUCUACAGAGGCAAGCUCGAGGACGACCACUGGGUUGCCGUGAAGCGCUUCAACAAGUCUGCUUGGCCCGAUGCUCGCCAAUUUCUGGAUGAAGCCAAGACCGUGGGCCAGCUGCGAAGCGAGCGGUUGGCGAAUUUAAUCGGAUCUUGCUGCGACGGUGAUGAGAGGCUCCUCGUCGCCGAGUUCAUGCCCAAUGAGACUCUCUCUAAGCAUCUUUUCCAUUGGGAGACCCAGCCUAUGAAAUGGGCAAUGAGACUGCGAGUGGCUUUGUAUCUGGCGCAAGCGUUGGAAUAUUGCAGCAUCAAAGGGCGAGCAUUAUAUCAUGACCUUAAUGCUUAUCGAGUCUUGUUUGAUCAGGAUGGUAAUCCCAGACUCUCCUGCUUUGGUCUUAUGAAGAAUAGCAGAGACGGCAAGAGCUAUAGCACCAACUUAGCUUUCACACCUCCAGAAUACUUGAGGACAGGAAGAGUGACACCAGAAAGUGUGGUAUACAGUUUUGGCACCCUGUUGCUUGAUCUGCUAAGUGGAAAACACAUUCCACCUAGCCAUGCACUUGACCUAAUACGUGGUAAAAAUUUUUCAAUGCUGAUGGAUUCAUGCUUGGAAGGUCACUUUUCAAAUGAUGAUGGAACCGAAUUAGUGCGGUUAGCUUCACGAUGUUUGCAAUAUGAAUCUCGAGAUCGGCCAAAUGCCAAGUCGCUUGUGGUUGCUCUUACUCCUCUUCAGAAAGAAACAGAGGUUCCAUCGUAUGUUUUGUUGGGUGUUCCACAUGGAAAUGGGACUGCAAAGCAAAUUACAUUGUCACCUCUUGGUGAAGCUUGCUCAAGAUUGGAUCUUACAGCUAUACAUGAAAUAUUGGAAAAGGCUGGAUACAAGGACGAUGAAGGAGUUGCCAAUGAGCUUUCAUUCCAGAUGUGGACAAAUCAAAUUCAGGAGACGCUAAAUGCUAAGAAGCGUGGAGAUUCUGCAUUUCGAGCAAAAGACUUUGCAACUGCAAUCGAAGCUUAUACGAAAUUCAUUGACGGCGGGACUAUGAUAUCUCCGACUGCUUUUGCAAGGCGCUGCUUAUGUUACUUGAUGAAUGACAUGUCUCAAGAAGCUCUUGGAGAUGCUAUGCAAGCCCAAGUGGUGAACCCAGAGUGGCCCACUGCCUUCUAUCUUCAGGCAGCUGCCUUGAAGAGCCUGGGGAUGGAGAAUGACGCGCAGGAAACUCUAAAGGAUGGUGCAUCCUUGGAAGCCAAAAGAAAUAGAGACUGAAAAUCACCAAAAGGAUUAGUUGUUAGCAAUCCACAUGUUGGUCUUGGUGUAGCUUUCAAGUUUCAUUUAUCCAAAUUUCAGCAGCUUCUGCGUUGGCGAAUGCUGCAACACCUCUUUGGUUCUAUCCUCUACCAUUCUUGAAGCAUUAAUGCCAUAUGAUAUAAAUUGUGUGUUUGGCAUCAUAGAACGUCUCAAUCGGAUCAUUUCAUCAGUUUUUUAAUCAUAACUUGUUACUAGAGAGUUUUGAGAUGUUCAAUUUAUCUCAGGGUGCAAUAAACAUC